AUGGUCUAUUAUAUAUUUACUUCUCAAAAACAAAUUGAAGAUAUGGACUAUAUACCAUUACCAGACAAUGUUGUUGAUGAAGAAAAGAAAAACAAUGUCUACGUUGUAUUAUGUCAUCCAAAGGGUGUAAUUUCAAAUGAAUCAGAUGCAUUGAUUGGUACAAGCUCAGGUCAUAUGUCUGUUGAACUUGAUUUUCUUGGUGCUUCAGAAGGUGAUGCUGAUAAACCAAUAAAUAUCGCUGGAUAUGAUAUGCACCUUACAUUAGUAAAGGAAGAUAACCCUCUUUUAAAUAUCAUCUCUGCUAGCUUUUAUAGAAAACAGCAAUCAAAAUAUGUUAAAAAGGUCGCUUUGGCUGGAAAGUUUAAUCAUCAGUUUAAAAGAGGUUGGGAGUUACUUAAGUUUGCAGAAGAAUCAUUUGAUAGUUUCAUUGAAAAACAUCAACAUUCUAGUAUUUUACCAGUUCAAUGGAAUAGAGAUGUAAAUUGUCAUACAUAUUCUAAAUUUUUAAUUUGUGAUGUUAUGGGUUUACAAUGGCCAGAUUCAAUACCACUUAUUCCAGAACAAUAUCCAUCAUUAGUUGAUAUCGAAGAAUAUUUAAAAAUUCUAAGAAUAAUGCCUGAUAUAAUUACUGAUAACAAAAAACAUUAG